UUGUCAAGAAAUACUGUCAUGGCGGCAAACUCUUAUCAUUCGUCAGUGCUCGGUGUUCUAUAAUGUAAAUAAUGCGGAAGGGCUGACUGUCUUAAAGCAUUGAACAUGGUAUUAUUAACGCAAUUAUUUGGUUCACAAAACUCUUAAUUAUCGUUAAUGAUUUCAUAACUGAAGUUCAAAAUGGCUAUGGAAAAAAUGUACACCAUCCGUGAUACCCACACACGGUCCAUCACUGCGAUCGGCUACAAUCCAGGUCGGAGAGAGAUUCUUAUAGGGUGUGAAGAUGGUGUAAUAAAGACAUAUGAGGCUGAGGGAGGAAAGCUGGUGAUGGUCAUCACAGAACACAAGGGCUGGGUCACAGACUUCCUGUAUUGGAUAUUAACAGGAUCAUUUGACAAGAGUGUGAAGAUCUGGUCAGUGGAUGGUAAACCCGUACACAAGCUUGACAACUUCCUGUCAACUGUGUCUGGCAUCUGUUACGUCCCACGUAACAAAACAGUUUGGGUGGCAGGCGGCACCUCCUACGCUAGUCUUUUUGAUCCCAAGUCUGGGGACAAUGUUUCAGACUUCAUUGGAACUUUUCAGCAGCAAGAAGAAGAAAAAUAUCAGUUACAGAUGCUUAAAUAUUUUGGUGAAUUAAAUGAAGUUGUUGCUUCCACUAGUCGGCGCCACCUGGUGGUGUGGAAAUACAACUCCUCCGGCUGUAUUACUGCACUGAAAUGUCGCAGCUCUCUAGAAAGUCUCUGUUACACCAAGAAAGUGCCUAUCCUACUGUUCAGUGGGGACAAUGAGGGUGUGAUUAUAAAAUGGGAACGUAUGCAAUCAAACCACUUUAUGUACAGUAAAGAGAUGUACCAGCUCAGUGAUUCUAAGCUGAGGAAGCAGCGUAAGGCGGGGAGUAAGGCACGCGAACUGAUGCUGGAACAGCAGAUGAGUCAGAGCCUGCCCUCCCGGCCAGCAACGGCUCGACCCGAGACUAGGAGUAGCAACAGGAGUGUGCAAAGUCACUAUGCCUUCAACAAACCCAGCAUUCCACCUGUAUCCACCCACAACCACGCCAACACCACCAUCCUCAAGAUCAUCUUUGUAGAAAGUCUGGACUUUAUCAUCGCUGCGUCCGAGGACAGUAAUGUCUAUGUUUGGGGGUUUGAUGAUGAUGCAGUGAAAGCUCUCCAGCACAUGAAGCCUCAGGACCUUCAGAAACUCAUCAGUAAAUACAGCAUCCUCCUCGACUCCGACUCAGACCUACUGCCACAGAAUGCCAAACAAGGGGACGGUGACUCUGUGACAAAUCGUGUGGCAGGUUUCGUGUGUAAACAUGUGUUUGCUGGGCACAACAGCUGUGUGACGAGUCUAGUGGUGAUAGGGAGGGACCAGGGGCUCAACUCCACAGAUGUGUUAAGUGCAGGCUGGGACCGAAGGAUUUGUCUGUGGGAUCUGGAGGCAGGAGAUUUACACGACACAUUCAGAAACACGGGGAGCACUAACUUAGAGAACAUGGAGCUGGCCUGUGAUGGCGUCAUCAUGGAUAUGGACUACUCUGUCAAAUAUAAUGAGUUUGCCUACGCCUCCAGUGACAAGAUGGUUUACAUCAGGAAGUUUAAUACCAACGGUGCCAAAAUGACCCUCGUCAACACGCUCCAGGGCCAUGAAGGGGAGAUAACCUGUGUGAGGUGGAAUCCUCAUGGCAAGGGAUCGUGGGUAACAGGCUCAGAGGAUAGUACUAUCAGGAUUUGGGCAGGGCACGGUCUAAAUGAGUGCGAGACAGUGUUGUCGGCCCAGGGUGGUGUGUGCUGUCUGUGUAUUGACAUGCAAAAUGGAGCACUGGUAGUGGGUGCACAGAAAUACAUCAGGGUGUAUGACCCAGAGAGCUACAGACUGGCUCAGACCAAUGAGGGCCACACAGACGCCAUUAGAAGUAUCAUACAUAUUCCUGAGCGUAAUCAGUACGUCUCCUGUUCCUGGGAUAAAACUAUUCGAGUGUGGAAUGGAUGGAAGAUGCCAAAACGAAAACGCCAAUCCAAGGAUGGCAAAAAUGGAAAGGGAAAUGAACCCAAAACUUCAACUUCAGCAGUGAAAAAAGUAGGAUUUGUGGACCAGGAGGACACAGGAGGGGAAAGGGGAGAUAUGGAGAACAGCAAGAUGGAGGGAGAAGAUAAUCCGGACAGUGAGGUGUUUACCGAUACAGACGGGGAGUACGCAUCACCGGGCGAGGAAACCGAGUGAAGGAGUAUCGCUAGGCCAGGGGAUCGAGUGAAAGAACAUCACCCAGGCGACGAUACGAGUGAUGGAGUGGUGGGACAAAGACAUAGAAAAAGAGUCACCAAGAGAUAGACUGAACAGAAACAAUGGAAGUGAUAUCAGGAAGUUUACAUUUCUGGUGAUGUAUGGUGAUAAUUGAUCAGUCAACAAUAGGUUCUGUCUCAUCAUGAUCCUUACCGAGACAAGACUAUUAUAAAUUGUUUUGGGUCAACACUCGCUUUAUUACGACAAGAUCAACAUAUGUUCUGUGUGAACACAGUGUUUACUAAGACAGAUCCGGAAUUCCUUUAACAACUUUACAUAAGGUAAAGACUGAAUCACUCUAGGGUACAAGUAUCAAUUUUGGUACAUAAAUAAUUGAUUCAGGAGAUAAAAAGGGACAAAUUGAAACAGGCUGAGAUAAGAAUCCACAGUGGCCAUGUUUAUUUGGUUUACUGCGUAUGAAUCAUGGUGUACAAUUUUAUCUUCAUUUUUCCUGCCUACAUUUGUCACACAUAUUGUUAUCAUGUGUUACAGAUUUUCCAACUUCAACAUUUUUGUAUUCAGGGAUUUAAUUCUGAUUGUAAGGAAAGCACCUGUUUUGCAGGGCACAUAUGAAACACCAUCCUUGAUAUCCAGGGGUUACGCUCACUUUCACUCUGUACACCCCUGGAA